CUGCAUACUGGUAUGUACUAACUCAGCUCAGCUCAGCUCAGCUCCCCCGCAUGCCGGUCCCGAGCGGCCCAUUUGCCGAACUAGGAUCGCUUCGCCAGUCAUUAAAAAAACAACCUAACCUAUAAUGAGGCUCUGCUCUGCUCUGCUCUGCUCUCCCCCGCAUGCUGCCAUCGAUGGAACUAUAAUGCACAACCUCUUCUUACGCCCGACUAAUCAAUCGCUAGCCAGCCUGGCUCAAAACUCCGAGUGGCAGAACUAGACUUGUUUAAUCCUUGGUCUACCGUCUGCUAUAGUUCUCAGCUGGCUAGCAAGCAAGGCACGUCAACAUCAGACCACUUAGUUAAUAGGAAUACGUUACGUGCUGGUCUGAUUUGGUACAUAUACAUUUCAGCUUGUAGAAGAAGAUCGUCUACCUACCUAUACUUAUACCUGCUUGGGAAAUAUUCACAUAAUAUAGGCUCCAAAAGGGGGAAAUAGAAACCGGGUACUCAAGCCUUUGCAUCCUCUGAAUCGCAAAGAUGGGUCACAAGACGCUACAAAUCACAGAGCUGUACAUCUACCCCAUCAAAUCCCUGCGCCCAGUAUCCCUAGACAGGGCAUUGCUGCAGCGCGAGGGGCUCCGGUAUGACCGGCGCUUUAUGCUGCUUAAGGUCGAGGCCGGCGGAGGGUACAAGAACAUCCAGGUAUUUCACUUCCCGGAGUGCGCACUCUUCCACCAGGCCAUCGACGAUGGCCAUGUCGUCGUCACCUACCGUAUCCCGGAACACCCGCUAGUGGUUCCGCCUCCUCCGGAGCAGUAUACCGCCUUACGCGUACCUCUUAACCCCGCUAUCGCCGGCCUCGAAACCGUCGACAUCAAGCUGUUCAGCAGCUCCACCACGACUUAUCGCAUGGGCGAUACCUACGAUUCCUGGUUCUCCGCGUGUCUAGGCUACCGCGCCAUCCUCGUCUACAUCGGCGAUAACCGGCGCUCGGUGCUAGCGCACGCGCCGCAGCCCGAGCAGCCACAGACGCAAUCCUGGUUUUCGCACCUGACGUCUUUCGUGCCCUACUACGGGCAGCAGCCGCCGAAAGAAGAGGCCUCCGGACUAGUCUUCAACGAAGCAGCGCCGUUCCUCCUGACAUCCAAGGCCUCCCUGCGUAACGUCAGCGCGCGGCUGCCCGACGGCCAGGAAAUGGACAUGAUCAAGUUCCGACCCAACAUCGUAGUCGACGAGGUGUGGGAGGAGUCCUCCGGCUCGGAAGACAGCGGCGGCGACGGCGACGACGACACGCCGUCGAUACUCGCCGCAUGGGACGAGGACUUCUGGGCGGAGCUUUUGGUAGGAUCCUCGCACCGACUUGCGCUGACGGCGAACUGCGCGCGCUGCGUCUCCAUCAACGUCGACUACACGGCGGGGCGGCCGGCCUCGGGCGAGCUGGGCUCGGUGCUGAAGAAGCUGAUGAAGGAUCGCCGCGUGGACACGGGCAACAAAUGGUCGCCCAUCUUCGGGCGGUACGCGUUUCUGCUACCGCCUACAAAUAGCAGCAGUAGCAGUGGUGGCGGUGGAGGGCAGGAGGAGCUGGAAGCUGACGUCGCCGUGGGGGACGAGGUCAAGGUGACGAGACGCAUCAACGAGCGAGACACGUGGGCCUGGCCGAAGUGAGGCCGGCCGCCGGUAUGACGGCGGGUGUGCGCAACAAUAGAAAGAUAGGACAGGAGGGUGUUGUUGGGCAGACCGACAGGUCGUGUAGUAAGGAGAGGGAGUGCGUAUAAGUGAGAGCAAGCAUUCGAAGAGAAGAGGCGCUGGAAUGGAGCCAGCGACGUCUGAAUUGUGUCAGGGGCUUAGACAAGCAAAGCAGCUGCAGAAAGCCCAAGCCCAAGCCCAAGUAACAGGUAUCGAUCGGAUAACUGGCUUACGUACGAGGCCGUCGGAUCGCGAUUCUAGUUACAUCCGGCCGGUUCAAACUUGAUUUCCGGGAAGAGAGCGGUUGAGGAAUACCGGGACGUCGCUAGUAAGGCGAAGUUUGGUCCCACGUUGCACGUCACGAUUUUGUGUGUAGCUGUAGCUGUAGCCGCAGCGAGGUUAGUUAUUGUCUUAUCUUGCCUUGUUUUUUUUAUACCUUGCCUUGCCUUGCUUUGGCUUGAGAGGGAGGACAAGCUGAGUUGAUAAAGCAUGUAGGUAUAUAUGGCAAUCAUGCAUGGCAUAUAUAAUAUAUAAUAUAUAAUAUAUAAUGAUUGUGAUGCAAUGGUGA